CUCUGCUCCUGCAGCUGCAUCGGAGCUGCCUGCUGCCUUCAUAAACAGUUCAGCAGGCAGGAUGGGGUCAGAACUGAGACCUUGUGGCUCUGAGCGGGGUCCUGCUGUGAGGUCUCCAGGGGCCACUGCUAGGACACUACUGAACAUCAGUAAGACAGAACAACCAGGGUGUCUGUGGAUGAGACACCCGAGAAGGAGGCGCCAGACUGUGGGCGUCUCCUUCAGCCUGUCCUUUCAUUUCAGCAGGAUGAAGCUUCUCACUGGACUCAUUUUCUGCUCCUUGGUCCUGGGAGUCAGCAGUGAAAGCUGGUUUUCAUUCCUUAGCGAGGCUUACCAUGGGGCUGGGGAUAUGUGGCGAGCCUACUCUGACAUGAAGGAGGCCAACUGGAAAAACUCAGACAAAUAUUUCCAUGCUAGAGGGAACUAUGAUGCAGCCCAAAGGGGACCAGGAGGAGUCUGGGCUGCUGAAGUCAUCAGUGAUGCAAGAGAGGGCUUUCAGAGUUUCAUAGGCCGUGGACACGAGGACUCUAUGGCUGACCAGGAAGCAAACAGAUGGGGCCGCAGUGGCAAGGACCCCAAUCACUACAGACCUAAAGGACUGCCUGACAAAUACUGAGCAUCCUCUUUAUUGCUCCAGGAGGCUGUGAUGUGGGCCCUGAGGACAGGGUCUGGGGUUCUUCUUUCUCAUGAACACUGGAGUUGCUUGGGAACACACAAUAGUUAUCUCACAUGAAUAUGGACCAAGAGUUUCAAAACUGUGUUAUUCUUGGAGUAGUAACUAUAUGCUUGAAAAGAGGGUAAUAAACACUAACAUGGAAGUGGA